AUGCUCUUCUCAGAGCUCACAGGUGAAGCGUAUCGUAUAAGGCCAUACGCUAGUAAGGACUAUCGUUCGGUAGGAAAUCUUUGGCCACGUCUAAAUGAUUACGUCCCCAAAAGUGAAAUCUUUGGCAUCGCCAAUCUAAGCCACUUAUUCGAUGGUGAAAUCACGGACGAGCUCAGGAAUCGAAUCAGACAGGAAGGUAUAGCCAAGGAUCACGCCCAUGUAGCUAGUGAUCAAGGACUACCAUGUAUAUGUCGGGAUAUGCAAACAAUAGAAGAAUGGCUACUUUUUAAGAAACUCAAUCGUGAAUUGAAUGCAGAGAAUCUUAAGCUGGGCUCGCAGGCAUAUAUGGAAGCACUGAAGAAACGGUGGAUUUCUAAAGUUGAUGGUCGGAAUAUUGUUCUGAAACUCCCGGUACACUUCGAGACGGCGUUAGUUCAUCUCAAGAAGCGAGCUGCUGUACAUAAAUCUAUUACCGAAAAUCAACGGAACGUUACUGGUCUUCAUCGUGAGUUGAUGAGCGAUGUUGUCUCUGAGAGGAUUACAACCAAAGCAAUGAAUUUAGAAUUAGCACAAGCUCAAAGAUUUGAGGCGGCGAAUCCACCUGCAGCGGACCCAGGACUUACUGUUGGCAAUAUUGACGCACAGUUUCUGCCGCCCCUUGGCCAUGCUCAUGGUACUAGCCACCUGCCCAGACCCGUAGCAAUGGAAGAACCUGUAACCGGUGGAAAUCGGGAGCGUAGAAAAGGCAAGAGAGCUAGACACGAGAUGCCGGUGAGACUACCACACGACGACUUUCCCAGUACACACCGUAGAUCCGACGACUCUCCGUCUCCAGACCCUGGAUCAUCUGUAUAA